UAUUUUGUCAGCAAAUCCAAUAUAAGCAUUAUAUUCGCUUUUGAUCCCGUUAAUUGAAAACAAACUGUGAAGUAACAGUUUAUUAUGGCUUUAUUCAACUCUGGAUAGUCUUCCCACAUGGGUACGCUCACUACAUGGACAAUCGUCGUAGAAUCAUAAAAUCUGCGCCAACAUUGAGUUGCCUGCCGCGACUCGAUUCUCGUGCAGACAGACGCGAACUCAUAUCACCAGGAAGACGACAAGCAACAGCAACGCUUCGACGGGACUUCUUCCGGAGACUUGAUGUGUCCUCAAAGGCCGACGAUGAACGGAAGCGCAAAAUGGCAGAACUCCGCAGCUACAAGGCCUACCUUGACAGAGUGAAGUUGUUAUACGAUAGUACCCAGAUACACAAUCAGCUGAACCGGGACGAAACACUCACAAAUGAGCAUUUAAAUAAAGGCGUUCUAGAUGAAGUAACAAAACCAAAUCUGCCUGAGCGUCUUCCCGUCUGUGUUACUGUGCGUGUUGGUACGUCUCAGCCACGGGCUGACCAGACAGGCGACCUACGCACGGACGCUCCACUCUUUUACACUGUCCGCCGGCUGCAGCGGGGCCGACCGACCAGGACCGCCGCACGACAUUUCUUCAUCGGUCGGGACUGGGCGUCAGAGAGAAUCUCCAUCGCUCAUAUGAACAAGCAUGCGCCAGAAAUCGACAGGAGAGCUUGGAUAGGCUAAACGUAACAUAAGCUACAGCCCUCAUUUACGAAAAGCAUGGGGACUUGUGAAAACUUCUUAAAAAGAUAUAAAAAGGCAAUAUUUUAUUGGGAAAGUAGUUUAAAUAAAGAAUAUAUAAAUAUAUAAUACAAAUAACGAAAAUGCCUUGACAGUGAAAAAUUUACGUAUUCGCAUUAAUGUUGCCAUAAUAAUAACAAACAUGUAGUGAAUUUUCAGUUGGUAAAAAGUAGGGAUGCAAACGAAUAUUCUAUCGAAAUUUUGGUAUUCGAAUGUAAAAAUCGGUAUUCGAAUAUUCGUGUUUUUUGUUGAAUAAAUACAAAAGUAAUAAAGAUUUUGCCUGCA